CUUCCACAACACGAGAACGCAUAUUUGAAAGCCGCGAUUCGUAGGUUCUUCUGAGAAAAUUCAAAAAUACUGAGAGCUUCUUCACCUUGGCGUGUCUCUGUUCUGUUGAUUCUGAGUGCUGCAAGAAACACAAACAAGAUAGACAGAGUUACGUUUGAUCAAUCAUCAGAGAGAUAGAUGCCACAAGGCACAUGGUCUUGAACUGCAUAUGAUAUUGAUAAGACUACGAUCAUUGUUGAAAUCCCUGGGUGAUGAUGGCUAGUUCUGGUCCUUCAAGUGCAGAAGGAAAGUCAGUGGCAGUGGAUGCUGCUGUUACGAGGAAGCCUCGGAUUCUACUAGCUGCUUGUGGAAGUACUGCUGCUGUAAAAUUUCCAAUUCUUUGUCACACUUUUUCAGAUUGGGCAGAAGUAAGAGCAGUUGUCACAACUACAGCUUCACGUUUCAUUGAUAAAAACACAAUUCCAAACAAUGUGGUGGCAUUUUGUGAUGAGCAUGAAUGGAUUUGUUGGAACAAAAUAGGGGACAAUUUGCUUCACAUUGAGCUUUCUACAUGGGCUGAUAUCAUGGUCAUUGCUCCAUUAUCAGCAAAUACUCUUGCCAAGAUUGCAGGCGGGCUGUGUGACAAUCUACUAACAUGCAUUGUUAGAGCAUGGGACUAUAGCAAGCCAAUGUUUGUUGCACCAUCCAUGAACAAGUUCAUGUGGAGAAACCCUUUCACAGAGAAGCAUUUCAUGUGCAUUGAAGAGCUUGGCGUUUCUCUCAUCCCGCCGGUUACGACGAGAUCAGCUUCCGGGGAUCAUGACACUGGUGCAAUGGCUGAUCCUACCACCAUUUACUCAACUGUGAGAUUCUUCUUUGAGAGGCAGAUUCUGAAAAAGAAACCCGGUAUGGUUUAGCAAUGUUGACAAUUAUGUGAAAGAAAAUGCCUUGGCCUCUAAGAGUGUUCCUUGUGCCCCUGGUUAUAGCAUGUUUGGAUUAGCUUCUUUUUACUCCAAGUCAACUCUUAUAGAAGCUUCUAGUCAAAAUUGAUUAUGCCUUUAGUUGAAGAAGGAUUUCAAAACAUGCUCUUAGUUGUAGUUGUAGAUCAAUGUGCAUUCUCUUAAGCUCUCUCACACACAUUGAAAUGUGUUCAGGCGACAUCAUUAGGUAUGAAAUAGUAUCAUACAUAAGAUUGUUUCAAGGUCGAUAGAAUGACCUCAAAAUACACAUACCAUUUUUGCAGUUAUAUGAGUCAGGAAUUACUUAGCGGAAGCCGGUUUUGGGGGUAUCUUUUUAACUAAUCUUGUGAGAUGAGUAUGUUAAAUGCGGAAUGCAAACUGAGUUUAACAGUUCCACUGCAUUGCAUUUAUCACAUGCUAUGAUUCUGAUCAAUCAGACAAUAAGCUAGUUGUUAAUUUGUGAAUGUAAUGAUGGCAGUGGAUACAGGAUGACACCAUGUUACAAAUAGCUUGUUUUGGAUGAACUUAUUUUUCUCCAAGAAUCAACCCUGAAAUUUAGAAACUACUCACACAAACUUCUCU